UCUUCAUCCUCCACUUCUUCAACAAGCUCAACAACUUCUUCAAGCUCCACUUCAUCCUACUCCACUGUUGCAACUGAUCCGGAACUAACCAACAGCAAUCCAGCAAUUACUGCAGUUGAACCGAAUUCUCCAAACACAGUUGAAGUCAUCUUUCAACGAGCUACUAUCGAGCAGCCCAAUAGCAAUCAGCAAACUCUGCAUGAAACACCCGUCAACGAGUUAUCUCAACAAGAACAGUCCGUCACUAAGCCGGAACCACCACAGUUGGCUGAUGCGCAAAAUAACAUCACCACCAGCAGUUCAUCGUUGAAAGCUGGAAUGGAUACAGCAUCAGCGAUUGAUGAACGUUGUUCAUCUGAAACACAUACGAAGGAAGAAAAAACCGAGGUUGUUCCACAUAUUUCGGAUGAGAAAUUUGAAGAUAACGCGCAGAACGAUGCGAAAUGUACUCCACAAAAAGUAGCACCCAAAACCGAGCAACAACCAUGCAUGAAUCCAGCUGCUAUAACUGACAUCCAGAAUCAGAAAUUGGAACCGGGCAAGCAAAACGAUGAGGAGCGGGAAACGAUUAGUUUGACAGAUGUUACAGACACCGGUACUUCAUGUACGGAUGUGGCAACUGCAAGCAUUGCCAAACCGAAUGAUCAAAUACCUCAAGAAUCAACCGAAAAUCCUACUGAAACAACACGGUCUUCAGAUGAAUCAAGUCAGCAAGUUACAGAAGCUGAUAAGAAUGUAGAAACAAUUGGAAACGAGCGCGCACCUACAGAUUCAGAAACCUGUGAAGUGGAAAGUGAUAAUGGUCAAGUUUCAGUAGAUCCGAAGGAACCGGAUAAAAGAAAUAUCGCCAGCGAAAGCGGAACAAAAUCUCCAAUAGCAAACGUAGAUCCGAAUGGUGAAGUUGUGAGUGAGAGUACGCAAAAACAAGCUGUCGAUACUGAGAAUGAGGGGAAUGGAGAGGAAAACGACCAACAGAAUUCGACUAAAAGUAGUGAUGGAACUAUGAAAAUGAUAAAUGAAGGUGAAACUGAGCUCGUUAACACGGCUCAAAUUCCCAAAAAUGAACUUCCUUCGGUGGUAACUAAGGAAAUAGCAAAAACGAAUGAAUUGGAUGAACUGCAGAAAAAUGAAACAAGCAAUGCAGUUGCAGCGACUAACAGUGAGAAAGUUGAAGAUACUACUGAGAGACUU